GCAUGGCAGCGUAUUAAAGGGGUUUUAUUUUGGAAGUUUGGCCCGGCAGUCAUUCUCCCUAGCUGCCCCCUCUGUGGUGGUGGUCAACAGAGCAGAGUGGAUUGCUGGCGGAUGAGGGCGCUUGAUCGCUACGCGAGACACACUGCCCACUUUCUCUGUUUAAGCGACGUAGCGUGUCUCUACCCCUCCAAGUGGUCUAGACGAUGAGCAGCAAAUAAGGCAAAAACCGCACCAGGAAAGCACGCGUCCGAUCCUGAGAUUGAGUGAUAUGUAAAAGUCGUCCCGGUGAGGACUGAGUCGGGCCGAGCAGUCUGCAGUGAAGAAGAAGCAGGACUUGUAACCCGUUAGUGCUUGCGCUGGCCAUCAGAUGAGCAACUUCUGAAAAGUAAAUCUGCGCCGUGCUUGCAGUUUUCAGCUCCACGCUUUGGAUGAACAUCAUGGCUCUCUCACUCGCCUCUAAUCUCCUGAUUCUUCUCAUUCUUUCCUCCCUGGAUUGGCUGCCCUCUCCAGGAUCUACAUUUCUCACAGACUGGGACCACACGACAUCAUCAGCUCUCAUUGAGCCUCAUUUUACUGAGUGUAUAUCAAGGGACCAGGAGACGUUCCGCUGCUGGUGGAGUCCUGGCACCUUCCACAACCUCUCCUCCCCUGGAGCACUCCGAGUCUUCUACCUUAAAAAAGAGUCUCCUACCAGCCAGUGGAAGGAGUGUCCCGAGUAUAUCCAUUCAAAUAGGGAAUGUUUCUUUGAUGCACAUCACACAUCCAUAUGGAUCACUUACUGCAUGCAGCUUCGCACUCAAAACAACAUCACCUAUUUCAAUGAAGAUGACUGUUUCAGGGUGGAGAAUAUUGUACGUCCUGACCCGCCAGUGUCUUUAAACUGGACCCUGCUGACUAUAAGUCCUUCCAGGCUAAAUUAUGAUGUCAUGGUUAACUGGGAGUCCCCACCUACUGCUGAUGUUAGGUUGGGAUGGAUGCGUUUGGAGUAUGAGUUGCAGUACAGAGAGGGAAAUACCACAAACUGGGAAGCAUUGGAGAUUCAGCCACACUCUCAUCAGACAAUCUACGGUCUGCACUUAGGAAAAGAAUAUGAAGUACACAUCCGCUGCAGGAUGCAGGUUUUCAUUAAAUUUGGCGAGUUCAGUGAAUCCAUCUUCAUUCAAGUGACUGAGAUUCCUAGCACAGAGUUUCCUGUCCAUCUCACACUGGUUUUUGUAUUUGGGACUGUGGGUAUCCUCAUACUCAUCAUGCUCAUAGUCAUCUCUCAGCAGAACCGAUUAAUGAUAUUUCUGCUGCCGCCUGUUCCUGCACCCAAAAUCAAAGGCAUCGAUUCAGAGCUAUUGAAGAAGGGGAAGCUGGAUGAGCUGAAUUUUAUGCUGAGUGGUGGAGGAAUGGAUGGCCUGCCCAUUUAUGCACCAGAUUUCUACCAAGAUGAGCUGUGGGUGGAGCUCAUGGAGGUCAAUGAGACAGAGAAUGUAGAUAGUGGAGAGAAGGAGGAUAACCGGGGCUCAGACACCCAGAAACUCCUGGGUCAGUCCCAACCUGUCAGUCAACACAUCAACAUAAGUUGCUCUAAUUCAAUCAGUGGUCCAGAUGCUGAGUCCGCCCAGGCCACCUGUUACAACACAGAUCUCCCUGAAGAAGAAACACUAAUGCUGAUGGCCACGCUUCUACCAGGACAACCUGAUGAAGAGGAAACCUCCCUUGAUACUGUAGAAAGAUCCUCAGCCUCUGAGACAGGUGAAAGACAGCUCAUCCAAACCCAAACCAGAGGGCCCCAGACCUGGGUCAACACAGACUUCUACGCUCAGGUUAGCAAUGUUAUGCCCUCUGGUGGUGUGGUGUUGUCUCCUGGACAGCAACUCAGAAUCCAGGAGAGCAUCUCAGCCGCCGAGAAGGAGACAAAAAAGAAGCGGAAAGAGAGUGAAGACAGUGAGGAGUCUGAGGAACGGAAGCAAAAAGAGCCACAGUUUCAGCUGCUAGUAGUGGAUCCAGAAGGAAGUGCCUACAGUACAGAGAGCAGUAUCCAGCAAAUCAGCACUCCUCCCCCUAGCUCUCCCAUGCCCGGUGAGGGGUACCACAUCAUACAUCCUCAGCCAGUGGAGCCCAGACCUGCAGCCACAAUGGAGGUUAAUCCGUCGCCUUACAUUCUUCCUGACUCCCCCCAGUUUUUUGCUCCUGUUGCAGACUACACAGUGGUUCAGGAGUUAGACAGUCAUCACAGUCUGCUCCUUAACCUGCCUAGCCACCAGACCCCCCCUUCCUGCCUGCCACAGCACCCACUCAAGGCACCUAUGCCUGUGGGGUACAUUACCCCAGACCUGCUGGGAAACCUCUCACAAUAAAAUGACAAAGACAUCAGACCUUUACAUGUAAGGCUGAUUCACCAGGAAGUUACCCGCAGUCGUCCCACCCGAUUCCCGUUGGAAACCAAGUAACUCCCAGCACACUGGGCGGCUGAGAUGUGUACGGGUGUCUAUUUUCAGAGGAUGCUGAAAGGCAGAUAUAAAAGGCUACAAGAUACUCUCUUAACUUCUUUGCAUCUGCUAAAGCAGUUCUUUCUUUUGAGGCAGCCAAAUAUUAACAUCAUAAACCAAAUGCACAGUUUGCUCUGUUUCGUCAGCAUCUCAUGCAUCCAUGCAUGAUUACAGUGAGCCAAGCAAACAUAAUAUCAAUGCUUAACUGCCUUGUGUUGCAUUGUAUCUCUGGCUUAUUGUGUCCAGAGCAAUGACACUGUUACAGUCUUAAUUUUACAGAGUGCUUUCAGUGCAUGACUGAUGGUGUGAGUUUUCACACCAAACAAAGGUCAUUGCUGACGGUGAUGCUGUUUACCCCACGAGGUACUUUAUCAGUUUAUCAAUAGACCGUUCUUAUCUCAUCAUAUCAUAUUAGCACUUCACUAGAGAUAUAUUUUUAUAAAAAAAA